AAACUCUGGCUUUGGAGUAGCGGUGUCACACAAGCAUCGCGCUACAGAAACUAGACAGCCGGGACUCGAACACCGACUUGGAAGAUGUCCGUUUUUACACGCGGCGGUGGGCGCGCGCAUCGACGUCACAGAGCGGUCACGACACGUCCACAGCUUUCGUUUUUAGUUGGCGCCCUCUUGUUUGCUACUUCAAUGUGUUGGUGGUGAAAUCCUUUCCACGGUUGCUUGGGCUCCAUCCUUGCCCCCCUCCCCCGCUCCUCCUCCUCCUCCUCUUCUUCCUCCUCGUGGCGUCCCGUCAUCAGCAUGGAGAGGACGCCGAGCAGUCCACAUCACGGAGGAACCAACAAAUCGAACUCUUCUUCUUGUGACCGAAGCAACUCGUCGAGAAAAGCCGGCGGGCGGACGGCGUCGUCAAGCCCCGGCUCCGGUCCCCAGUGCGGCCCAGCGGGGGCUGGAGGCAGCCGGGGGGCUUUCUUGGGGAACGCUACCGGUUCUCAGCAGCACCAGGGUCGGAGGCGACAAAUGGAAGGAGUUCUCAGCAAGUACACUAAUCUCAUCCAAGGCUGGCAGAACAGGUACUUUGUCUUAGAUCCAGAUUUGGGACUGCUGCUGUACUACGUGAACGAGCAGGGAAUGAGCCAAAAGCCACGAGGGUCCCUCCCCUUGAUCGGAGCCACGGUGACUCCGAGCGAUGACGUUCCGCAUAUGUUCGUUGUCAGCGCUGUCAACGGAGAGCUAUACAAACUCCGAGCCUCUGAUGCCAAAGAGCAGCACUAUUGGGUUAGCCAGCUCCAAGCGUGUGCCAGGCGACAUUCAGACUGCAGUGCCAAGGUCAGGAAGUUGAAGGGCUCGGAUGAACACCUGAGUGCAGAAGUAUCCGGAGGAGGACAAGAUGUGCUGGGCUCCUCAUCAUCUGGUCGCAACCGUAGCUUCUCCCUCCUCCCACACCUCACGCCGACUUCAUCACCGGCUUCUCAGAGGCAACUGGCCCACACGUCUUCGCCGGGCAACAUCGUCACAAUCACGCAUCACAAGUCGCCGGCUGCGGCGCGGCGGGCCAAGAGUCAGUACCCGGGACGGCUGAUGGAGGUCAAAGAGAUGAUGUCCCAGGCCGAGGGCCAACAAAAGAACCUGGUCCAGUCCAUCGACUCGCUGCCCACCAAAGGCCCCAUCUCCUGCCUGGACCAGGACUUGCUGCUGCUCAAAGCCACGUCGGCCGCCACGCUCAGCUGUUUGGGAGAGUGCCUGAACAUCCUCCAACAGAGCCAUAGUCAGGCACCGCCUCUGUCUCAGGCUACUCAUCGCAAUCACACUGUUCAUGGAGCCCCAUCCGAUGGCGUUCCCGUGUGGACGGUACCAAAGUCACCCUCAGGGCAGCAUCUGAAAAACGGCGGCCUGACUCCUCUGCGCUCUGCCGAGUCCUCGCCAGCCCUCAGGGAAAGGAGUCUGUCACACGAUGCAGAGCACCCGGCGGGGCUUGGAGACAUCGGCCAAAGCGAGGAAGUGACGGACACGGAGGACAACGAGGAGGAGGAGGAGGACCUGGGCGUGCUGGACGACCAGAGGAGCGUCAUUCUGCAUUUGCUCUCCCAGCUCAAACUGGGAAUGGACCUCACCCGGGUGGUGCUGCCGACAUUUAUUCUGGAAAAGCGCUCGCUGCUGGAAAUGUACGCCAACUUCAUGGCCCAUCCGGACCUGUUCCUGUCAGUCACAGCCGGCGUUACGGCCGAGGAGCGCAUCGUCCGCUUCGUGGAGUACUACCUGACGUCUUUCCACGAGGGGCGCAAGGGGGCUGUUGCCAAGAAGCCCUACAACCCCGUGCUGGGGGAAACCUUCCACUGCUCCUGGGAAGUACCUCGAGACAAAGUCAAGCCUUGGGUCCGAGCCAACCAGGGGUCCGCUCGCGAGUCGGGCAGCGGCGCAGCAAGCGGCUGCUACAGAGUCCGCUUUGUGGCCGAGCAGGUUUCCCAUCACCCGCCGGUUUCUGCUUUUUACUGCGAGUGCAGAGAGAGGCGGGUGUGCGUCAACGCGCAUGUGUGGACCAAGAGCAAAUUCAUGGGCAUGUCCAUCGGAGUGUCCAUGGUGGGAGAAGGCGUGCUGUGUCUCGCGGAGCACGAGGAGGAGUAUGUCUUCUCGCUGCCGUCGGCCUACGCCCGCUCCAUCCUCACCGUGCCCUGGGUGGAACUGGGAGGGAAAGUCUCCGUCAAUUGCGCCAAGAGCGGCUACUCGGCCACUGUCACGUUCCACACCAAGCCUUUCUAUGGCGGCAAAGUCCACAGAGUGACUGCGGAGGUGAAGCACAACCCGACCAACACCAUCGUGUGUAAAGCGCAGGGGGAGUGGAACGGAACCCUGGAGUUCACCUACAGCAGCGGCGAAACCAAAGUGAUCGACACGGCUAAGCUCCCUGUCACCAGGAAAAAGCUGCGACCGCUCGAGAAACAAGGACGCUCGGAGUCCAGGCGGCUGUGGCAACACGUGACCAAGUCGCUGAGAGACGGCAACAUGGACGAGGCGACGGAGCACAAACACGGACUGGAGGAGCAACAGAGGGCGGACGAGAGACGGAGAGCAGCUGUUAAUAAAGCCUGGACGCCGAAAUACUUCAUGAAGGAGGGAGACGGCUGGAUGUACAACAAUCCUCUGUGGAAGUCCACCUGACGGCAAGUGGAGGCGUCGCUUCUGGGGGCCGCGGGCUUCGGCAUGGGGAGCAGCUGCUUCUUGAAACUGGCCAGCGGCGAUUUCGACUCACCCUGUUGCCACGGAGACAGACAGGAAACAAGCAGCAGUGCCAAAGGGAAUGCUCCACAUGAAACAAAGGACAACGGCAUUUUGUACGCGGUCGCUCGAGUAAUUAGAGCCCUCCCUCUAUUUUUCACCCAUACCAAGGCCUUUUGCACAUUCACAUUAGAGAAGUCUGUCGGCGGUAUUUUUUUACAGCCAAUCCGAUAGUUUUCUCACAUAUCGUCUUCUACUUGGCUCACGUAACGCUAAUAAAACAAGUAGUUUGUAAAGCACUUUUACCAGCGGAGUCAAGAUACACUUUUAGAAUCUUUGGAUCUGUCUGCCAAUCAGGGUGGUCCAUCGAGCCGGACAUAAAUGUGAAAUCAUAUUGCCAAGACAAAUGUACUCCAUCAAGUGAAUAUGAUUUGAAGUUUCUUUGGGUUGACUUUGUAAGACCGUAUAUUGGCUUUAAUUCCUAACAGCCUUGAUUGUUUGGUCUGCACUUUUGAAUGUAUCCAUACAUUUUUCAUGGUUUAUUCCCUGCCCCCCACGCCCCAUCUUAUUGUCUGCUUUAUUUGUGUGUGUAUUGUAUUAUUUAUAGUUUAGUUUAUAUAAAGGCUUUCCUCUCCUCU